GCAAAAGAGUAACAUGGUCGAAAUCUGAAAUCUGGUUUUAUGGAAGAUACUUUGAUGACCCACAACCCAAAAACUUGAAAAAUGGUAAAUUAAUUCAGAGGAACUCCUUACUUCGUUAUGUUGUACAUUUUAUAACUCAGGUAAUUACAAUUCUUAACAGGUCUAAUCCGAUAAGUCUGAUUGUAAUUCAUAAUAGUGUUCCAUAUUCUUAA